CCCACUUGUACAUUUACAUACUAGCACGUAUGCAUAUUGAUAGCGAUGAAGACUGAAAGAAAACUUGAAAAGUACGGUAUAAAAGUUUUCAGAAAUUGGAUAUAAAUUCGCGAUACCGAAAGGUAACAGCACGGUCAUGGCUGAUUCAAACCACACAUCGUUCAAAACAGCCAUUAGGAAGGCUUGUGAUAUUGCUCUUCCAAGGAAACAGUUAAAGGUGUUUGGUAUUGUUUGUUUGGAGAAGGACAAAGAAAAAGAAAAUACACUGCACAUCGACUUUAACAUUAAUUACAACGAAGAGGUCGGCGGAAGUUCAACACAGCAGAGGGUGGAUAACUCCCACAGAGUUAGUGCGGAUGCUACCGAAUUGUCAAAGGAAAUUUGGAAGUUCGCUCAAAGGUCAAUCAGUUAUUCAGAUAAAUUGAAAGUGUUUGGCAUAAUCUUCAUAUCGCAUAGAACAACCGAUUAUUAUGUAACUCUAAACCACUAUGAUGGUCAUGAACCUUUUCCGACUGGAAGCGUCAAGAGCUGUGUCGGUCAAACAAUUGAAGAAAGCAAAACACAAACCGUAACUAGAGACGUUACCCCAAACAAUGGCGAGAUGCCAACAAAGAAAGAGGAAAACGUAUCGCAAGAAAAACCUUCUUCCAUUGGGAGCAAACAAACAGUGAGUGAGAACAAUAAAGAGAAAAAUUGUCAUGUUGAAAACGAAACAUCUAUCCCACCAAAAGGAAAAGUACCAAGAAAGAUAAUUCGCGUUCAGACAGAACAUGAUGGUUUUAUAGAGGGAUCGGAGAAUACUAUGCAUGUUAUACUAGAGAAAAAAUACUAUUCCAAAACUGGUGAUCUGAACACUAAACAAACAGAGAGUCUGAGCAGUAGCGAGAAAAAUAGUCACGUUGAAGACGGAACAUUUAACUCACCAAGAGUAAAAGUACCAAGAGCAGAAAGUCAAGAUAAGACAGAGUUUGUACUUAUGACGGGGUCAGAAAAUACCAUUUCUGCUGAACCUGAGAAAAUGAACGAAUUAAAAACUAGUGAGACAGGUAGAAGAAAAUAUGAAGUUGGGGCAAAAAGUAGUAAAACAAUAAAACAAAAUAUGUCUAAAGUCAAACUGACGUGCGGAAAAUGUAGGAAGAAGAUUAUAUAUAGCGAGAAAUGCAUGAUAAAACACAUAAAAAUAUGCGCUAAUGUAGGCGACCAGGAAGCGCUUAAAUAUAUCAUGAGAGGUUAAAUGCCUGGGCCUUCUGGUUAGCUAUAUUGCAAAGCAGAAGAGUCGGCAUCUUGCGAAAAAAUGAAACGAAAGCGCGAUGAUGCAAUCCAUUCGGAAAAGCAUGCAAAGUUACCGAAGAAGGAUUGUCAUGAUAUGAAAUAAAAACGUCGUCAAACUCUAAUAAUUGAGCAUAUGAAGAUCACACACUGAUUUCAUUGCUAGUAAAUUUAUAUUUGCAUUCUUCCUGAAAAACUAUACACACUUGUGAUCUAUAUUUAAUUGUGUUAAUAGAUAAUUUGGCAACGACUGAUUUACUUGACAGUUAUCAUCACAUAUGAUGAAGAAUUUGCAUCCAUCUACAUGUAAAUUGGUUUUCCAUUGAAUUACUAAUAAAACUGGCAUACAGUACGUA